UCUAAUGUAAACUAAUGGCCGCCGCCGUAAACGACGAGAUCCACUGAGACUCCAGUCGUUUCUGAUUACUGAGCAGCAAGGAAGACUGUGCUUACAGCAGCAAUGUCUGCCAAAAAGGGCGCCCCAAAGGGCAAAAGGCCCAAGUCUGGGAAAGGAAAAAAGGAAGAUGUGGAGGACCCUGCCAUUGUGCAACUUCGGAAAAUGACAGAAGAUCUUCGCGAACAAAACGCUGAACUGAGAGAAUCCGUCACUUACUAUCGUGACAAACUUCACGCCAUUGUACACCACGUCAUUGACUGUAAUGUGGACAACUACAAACCCACCAAAGGCAUAGCUUUAGUAGAUGUUCCAGAAUCUGAUGUGACGACCAUGGUGACUAAUUUGACCAUCACUCCUGGAAGUAGUUUGCAUGCUUAUGAAGUUCGUAUGGAAGAACUGGAAACGAGAAUCACACAACUGAAUGCAGAGUUAGCGAAACUUCUUAAAUUGAAAUUGAAAGUCGAAAACGGUUUAAAAGAUAUGGAGCGCAUGUACACAGUUGAAGAUCUCAGGGUACAAGGGAAGCGUUUGUGGUAUGAUUGCUGCAGCACACAUAUAUUUGUCACCCCAAUGGAAACCCCAAGGAUAGAAUUACCAGUCAAUGGUCACAUCACACCUGCCGCCAGUGAUGUGAUGUCAUCAAGACCACAGUCAGGUGUCAGUGACGUCACAAGUAUAGCCACUUCCUAUGCAGACUCUCAGCCUGAAAUUCCUCUGCUUUACCUCAAUGUUUUAAAUCCCCGUGCUCGGAGCAUCAACUUAACCCCAAGGGGCUCGGAGAAGGCAGAGCUGGAACCACCUGAAAAAAAGCUUCCUGGUGACACUCACAUAUUUGACAUGCAUCCCGGUUUAAGGAGUCUUAUCAUCAGGAGUCUAAGCAAAAGAAAGGGGAAUGCUUGUGACUGGCGACUCAUCGCUUACAGAGUUGGGAUUCCGGAGAAUUUGGUGAACCAAUGGUUGAGGAUGCGGGCACCCUAUGCGAUGGCCCUGGUCAUGAAAGUAUGGGGAGACAGUGUUGGGGCAACUGUCCGAAUGCUGCACAGACAUCUUGUGUCACCUCAGAUGAAAGCUGUCGUGCUAGCCAAGCGGGUUGCUGACUUUUAUGACGUUGAUUAGGAUUAUUAUUUAUAUUAUUUUCCCUCUCUUUUUAAUUGACUGAUAUGUCAUUAUAGAUAUCACAAACAAACAAAAACACAAUAUGUUCAGGUUUCUAGUAACUGGACUUUAAGCUGAAAUUUAAGAUAUCAUGUCAAACGAAUUGACUAAUUUUUUUCUUUUUCUUUUUUUUUAUCUUUUUUUUUUUUUGGAGGGGGCGGGGGUGUUGCUAAGCAAAUCAGACUUUCUCAACCGGUAUGUUGUAAGUCCUGAGUAGGCCUUGAGGUUAUAUUGUUAUGUUAUUGUUAUGCUAUGGUAUGCUUUGGUAUGCUCUGGUAUGCAAUGGCAUGCUAUUGUAUGGUAUGGUAUGUUUUGGUAUGUUAUGUCAUGGUGUGUUAUGUUGUGUUAUGUUGUGUUAUGUUGUGUUAUAUGUGUUAUUUUGUAAUGUUAAUUAAUUUUGUUUUCUAGAUUAUUGUGCUACAAGACGCAAAUAGAUCAUUUCAGAGGGAGAGUCAUGGGCCCAUGGGCAAAAGUUAAAAAAGAAAGAUAAAAGACCAACAUACAAUUGCACACACAUGUCUUCAAAGUAAAAUCAAGCUCUCAUCAAAAUAAUGAAAUGGAAGAAACUGACACAGUAUUUCCGAACAUUGGGCAAUUUUUAGUAAGUUAUUUUUUGGCUCAACACCUUUUAUAUCCAUUUCAGAACAGAAUUCUGUGUAUUUUACGGGGGAAAAAAACAUUUAUGAAAA